AUGACCAAAGAGCUACGAAUUAAGGGAACAUUGUACCUCUUGCUCUUAGCCAUCACCAUGAAGUAUUAUUCCAAUGGAGCAAGAGUCGUCACUGAAGAUGACACACUCCCACCUCUUCCACCGUCUGAAACAAUGGCAAUCAACCCGGUUCGGACACCCGUAGCUCACACGGCGCCGUUAGAAGAUCCCGUGCAGGCUGCAACCCCUAGCACAAGUGAUCAACCCACACUGUCAUUCUUUAUGCAUGACAUAUUCGGUGGCUCAGCUCCAUCAGUAAGGGUGGUGAACGGGAUAGUUGCCAAUACCCCACAAGUCAAAGGAAUCCCUUUCUCCAAGAAACGCAGUGGAAUCAUAGAUGGCAAAGCACUCCCUGUUGUUACUCAAGGAGCAACUUCACAGAACCUCUUAUUCGGAACCAUAACCGUGAUCGAUGAUGAACUGACCCAAGGGAAUGAAUUCGGGUCUUCCAUAAUCGGUAAAGCACAGGGAUUUUAUCUGGCAAGCUCAACGGAUGGUAGCAGUCAUACAAUGGCCUUCACUGCUAUGUUCCAUGAUGAAGAUGAUAACGAUAAAGACGACGCCGUCAGUUUCUUUGGGGUGCACCAUACAGCUGCGGUCAAGUCUCCGAUAGCUAUAGUCGGUGGAACAGGAAAAUAUGGAAAUGCACAAGGGUUUGCUGUCGUUGAGACCCUUAACCACACGAACCAGUACACCACUGAUGGCAUCGACAAGCUUUUGAAGUUUAGUGUGUUCAUAACUCAACAGUAA